GCGACGCGGGGGUUCGCCGCCGGCGCGGCGGCCUGGGGCGCCGCCUGGGGUGCGCAGUGCCCGGCGUGCCCGGCGCCGCCCCCGUGCCCUUCCUGCUCCUGCACCUGCGAGCCGCGGCUGGCGUGCCCAGGCGGCUCGGUGUCGGAGGUCCCGCGGCCCGGGCUGCUGGGAGCCAGCCUUGCGUGGCUGGCCAGCCUUGCCGCGGUGGGCGCCGCUGGCUGGGCCUUUGGCAGGCGGGGCGCACCCGCGACACCUGGGGCCCCUGCGCCGGCGUACGUCCCCGCGCGGCCGCCCACGGCGGCCUUAGAGGCGCCGGCCUCAGCGGCGCAGCUGGCGGCGGCUCAGGAAGGGGACUUCGUCCUGGUCGAGUACGUGGGGUACGCCAACGUGUGGCACGAGCGCUUGGUGGUGCUCGCGCCCGACGGUUCUGGCCUGGCGUGUGCCCUCACGCCGGACGACGACAGCUACGAGGAGGACCUCUUCGCCGCCGCUGAGGUGCGCCGCUGGCUGCGGUGCGAAGGCGGACGCAUGGGCGCGUGCCCUCCAGCUGCAGCUGGGAUGCACGUGCACGGCUUCAGGGGCGUCCCUGCGCCCGCGCGGGUCGCGCAGGUGCUGGCCGCGGGAGCUGCGAGGAUGGGCGUCGCCUUGGGCGGUGGGGACGCGGUGAUGCCCAACCUGGUUGGCGCUGCAGGCGGUGCUCGCCCUCGGCCUGGCGCCGCUGGCAUCGCGCCUGCCGGAGGCGCGGCGGCUGCGGCGCUCGCUGCUGGUGGCGUGGGGCCGCCCGCUGGGAUGCUGGUUGCCGCCCCCCCCGCGGCGCCCGCGGCCGGGAUCGGUGGGCCCGCCGUGGCGGCUGGAGUGGCUGGCUUGGCCGCUGCGCUCGCUGGCGGCCCAGCGGCGCCCGUGGCAGGCGCCCCGGCGCUGGCAGGCCCCCCGCCGCCGCUGGUAGCGGCGCCCGCAGCUGCAGGGCCAGCUGCCGCAGCUGGAGGCCUGGGAGCGGCGGCGGCUGCGGCCGCGCCAGCUGACGCUCGCAUCCAGCCCGUCACGCACGACCUGCAGGGGCAGCGGCACGCGGACUACCGCAGCGCGGUCAUGAACAUGACCGAGGGGGCUUUUCCCGACUGGCCAGUCAGGGGUCCGCGGACGGCGCUGUGGGUCCUCAAGUUCAUGGAGGCUCACGGCGGCACUUCAUUGGUCCGCCACUCGCGCUGGCUCUCGGAGACGCGAUUGCAGGGGCACGAGCCCGGCGUCGACGAGCACGAGCGGGCGUGCAGGACCCUCGAGCGCAUGGUGAUCUACGACCAGCUGAAUGUGGCAAAUCUCGCCUCGGGCGAGAUGCUGGCCAGGUCGGUGCAGCUCCAGGAGGAGCGCUACAGGGACCGCGUCGCCCCGGCAGCUGAUUCAGGCAGCCUCGACGCACGCGUGCUGCUCGGCACGGACCAGCUGCGCGGGAACGCGUGCGUCGCGCCGAUGCUGCAGGACCACAUCAAGGACGAGCUCACGAAGAUGAAUGCUUACAGGAAGGAGCAGCGCAAAGCCAGAGAGGAGCGCGACUUGGCCCGCAAGAAGAAGGGGUCCAAGGGCGACAAGGGCUCUGGCAAG